CAAAAUAUUCACAGCUGUAAUAAAAUGUCAGUUUGUGGUGAACUUGUCUCUCUCUCUCUCUCAAUAUCUGUUAUGGAAUUUCAUGGUGUUUUUCUUUUGCUGUUUCGGGUCUUUCUUGUUUUUUUAUCUUUCUAUCUUUACAUCCUCUAAGCUAACAGACCCUAAUACACUACUAUUUCCCUUCCUUUUCUCUCUUUCUUCUAUUAUUAUUAUUAUUGUAUGAUCUAUCAUUGUUGCUUUGGUUUCUUUGAGGCUCAAGGACCAAGGUUUUAGCUUCUUUGCCUCCUUGGAGUUUCUUUUUCUACUUUCUUCUCUACCCUGUCCCUGCACUUCCCAUUUGUCCUUCUUCGUUCCAUCACCUCAAGAAUUCAGAGUUUUGAGAUAUAUAUAAUUUUGGAGUUAUAGAGGUUUAUGUAUGUCUCAUUCAAUCACUGAUUUUCUUCUUCUAUUACGACGCACUUUCCAUAAUUUUAUAUGUUAAUCAUCAUUCUCUUCUUAUAUAUAAUUUCGCUUCUCUUCUCUUUCGUUUUCACUUCUUUCUUCUCUACAGAGUUUGAACUUCAAACUUUUCCAUAUUGCACCUUCACUUCUACUUUUGAGAAUGGGUUGUAGCGACUGUACUCAUCACAGUUUUUUACUGUGUCAAAGACUUGGCUAUGUUACUAUUUCCUUCAUGUUUCUCUUGAUUUCCAGCUCAACCCAAGUUAGAUUCAAGGCAGAAGGUAGAGCAACUCCAAAAUCUGCUAGCUUUUCUCAGACAGUAAAUGAAGAAAAGAUGUUAAUGAGAUCUCAGAUAGGGUCAAGGCCACCAAGAUGUGAGAAAAGGUGCAGUACAUGUGGGCAUUGUGAGGCUAUCCAAGUGCCAACAAAUCCUCAAAUUAAUCACGGGAACAGAAACUACUCAAGUUCUACUUUCUCCAAUGUUGCUUAUGCAAGAGGAGAUGAUGCUUCCAACUAUAAGCCAAUGAGUUGGAAAUGCAAAUGUGGAGAUUUAAUCUUUAACCCUUAAUUAAAAAAUUUUGUUGAUUAUUGUAUUUAUAUUAGGUACUUUAGGUGUUCACAACAUAAUAUUAUUUUGUUAUUAUUAUUAUUGUUUUGGUUGAAGAGAAUGUACAAUACUAAUUAUAUUUAGAGAAGAUUUUCCGUCAAUUUUUCCUGCUUUA